CCUGCUCCUUCUGGGCAGUGUCGCUCUCUCAUCCUGGGUAAAGUGUCUUCCUGAAGAUCCGAGGCAGGAAGGCAGCAAGCAGACACUUCCACCAGCCAACUGACAGAGAGGUUCCCGCCGGAAUCCCAAACCUGCAUAACCAGGAGGGAUGUAACCCGGGCAUACUCCCAGUUCCUCGGUUGUUUUCCUUCUGCCCACGCGGCAGGUUUUUCAGGUCCUCGCUUGAGCGUGCACUCACAGGCGUAAAUAAACGGACUAUCCCCCGCCUGCGUCAGCCAGCCAGCUAUUUAAGCAGCUGGCAGCAGCAAACUCGGCUUGCAGAUUCAGAGCUUGUCCUUGAUCGUGCUACUUCCACCGCGCCGGGAUCAUGUCUGCGAAGCACGCGAGCGGCCCCACGGAAGACCAGGUGGAGAUCCUGGAGUACAACUUCAACAAGGUCAACAAGCACCCCGACGCCACCACUCUGUGCCUCAUCGCGGCCGAGGCCGGCCUGUCGGAGGAAGAGACCCAGAAAUGGUUUAAGGAGCGCCUGGCCCAGUGGCGUCGGUCGGAAGGCCUUCCAUCAGAGUGCAGAUCCGUCACAGACUAAGAGGAGAAGAAGCACUGGCAGUUUCCCUCCAUGAAGAUCAUCUUUGAUUUCUUUCCUUGGCUCUGCCAAGCUCUUUUGGCUUUUUAGUAUCAUGCUGUAUUUUCCAUUGUUAGCUGUUUUGGUAUUUAACAUGGUGUUAUAUUUUUUUAAAAAAUGUAUAUAGCUGGAAAAGAAAAUAACAAUAGGAUGUGCAGUGUGCAGCUUGUGUGUGAAACUUCCUUGGCUAGGAAAGCCAGAUGGCCUACCUUUCCCUUUAGAUCAUGAUGACAAGAAGGUGUGAAAACCACUGAACUUUGCUUUUGACCUCCAGUAACAAACCUUUCCACCACCCAUCUCAAAGCUAUUGAAAAUGUAACAUGAUGCAGAAGGAAAAGCAUUUCCUUCUAAAUCCACUUCCUAAGUCAUUUACCUUAUGAUUUGCUCAAUACUUUGAGGUUGGUUGAGAACUCAGGAGGAUAUUUAAGUCAUUUAGAUUUUCUAAAGCGGUUCUUUGGAUCAUAGAUAUCUUUACUUUUUGCAAAGGAUUUAAUUAGACUAGAAGACAAAAACUUUAACUGGAAGAAAACAAGUAACUAAGAAAAAACAAGUCUACAGAAGUUUUGAAUUUACAUUAUUUGAGCGCAUUUAUUAAAAUAAUAUUGCUAAAUAAAGUGAACUAAAUAAACCACAUUUUGUCUCUUAAA